GUAAAAUCCAACAACUGUUUCUACCACCUGUUCAAGAUGGCACGCGGUCUCGCCAAGCAGCAGUCCAAGGACAAGGCGGCCAAGAAGGCAGCCAACAAGGCCAAGUCGGUGGGCCACGAUCACAAGGCUGCCCGUGAGGCCCAGCUCAAGCUUGUCUGCGCCGUGUGCCGGGGGUUUGAGCUCCAGUUUAUCGCGCGCGAUAGCGAGACGGACGAGGAUGGCGAGGUCGUGGUUGAGCUCGCUGCCAAGCUCGAGAAGACGUACAUCUGCGAGCCCCAUGCCGCCGUCAUUACUGCCACGCAGGGCUUUGGCAACAUCCUCGUCACGGCCAGCGCCGAUGAACUCAUGCAGGUGUAUGACCUCAAGAAGCGCGUGGAGGUUGGUACACUCCUCCUCCACGAAGCUACCAUCCGCUGCCUGCGCUUCCAUGACAAGGUGACCAUGGUGUCAGCUGCCGAUGAUGGCACACUUGCCAUUUGGGAUGCACGCACGUGGGACCACCUCAAACUGCUUCACGGUCACAAAGGUCCCAUCAAUGAUGUCGCCAUCCAUCCGUCGGGCAAGAUCAUCGUCACUGUGGGCCGCGACCGCUCGCUGCGUCUGUGGGAUUCAAUGCGCGGCCGCUGUGCCUACAUCACCACUCGCCCUCGCGAGUUGGAACGUGUAAUUUUUUUGGAUGAUGGCAACCACUACGUCGUGGCCGCCGGCGUUCAACUGAUGGCUUAUAACAUUGCUAACAACGAGCUUCUCUUCACCAUUCGCAUGCCGUUCCGCAUCACGGAUCUCGUUGCGCUCUCGGUCUUCAUCAUGAACGUCCCCCAGCGCAUGUGUGUUGCCACGUUCUUGGCCCACGACAAGCGAGUCAAGUGCAUGUGUCGUUGUCCCCUACCAGCGCCUAACCACAACUUGCUGGUGACUGCCGAUGCCGAUGGCCUUGUACGUGUUUGGUACCUCGACCCAGGUAUGCUCACUGGAACCGCCACGUCGAGCACGGCCACGACCUCCGAGGGUCAAAGUGAGGGCAACGAGGAGCACGAGCGCCCCGUGGAAGAGGAUGAAGCACCCGUUCUGGAGCUGGAACCGCUUGCCGAAGCCAACACUCGCUGCCGCAUCACAUGUUGUUGUGCGACCGACCUGGACGAACACGAACAGCACGCGCCUUCAAUCCUGGCCCAAUCUUCUGCCUGGGUCACCGAGAAAGACCUGGAGCAAACCUUGGAAAAGGGCGAGGAGACCAUGGCCAAGCACCAAGGCCUCGCUGACACAAAGGCCAUCCGUAAAGCCAAACGCAAGGCCGCCGAAGCCGAAUUCGAAGCCAUCCCUGCUGCUGAACAGACUGGCACCGAGCGCGUGGCAGCCGCCAUGACCCAAGGUCUGCCAUCCUUGCACGAGACAGCUGACGACCAAACGACGGAUGAGCCUCGCCCUGCUGCCCCGAAGCGGAAAAAGUCGCCAAACAGCGCACAAGCGCCCACCAGGGAUACCACUUCUGAGUCUACCACGCCCAAGGCUACGCCCAAGACCACGCCAUCUGCGCCCAAGGCUACCCCCAAGUCCACGCCCAAGUCCACGCCCAAGGCUACCCCCAAGGCUACCCCCAAGGCUACCCCCAAAUCCACGCCCAAGGCUACCCCCAAGUCCACGCCAAAGACCACGCCAAAGACCACGCCCAAGUCCACGCCAAAAACCACGCCCAAGAAGAGUCCUAAGCUUAACAAAAAGAAAUAA